UGUUCAACUUGCCUACCGUAGAUAUGUACCGUGAAAAUGGCGAUGGUCCUUCCGAUGCAGAUCACUUGCCUCUCCGUCGUCUUCCUUCUAGGUGCCACGCAAAGCUUCCCAGAGGAGUCCGAGGCAUCAGCCUUGCUCCAACUCAAUACGGAGAUGCACGAGAACAAAGCGCACCUUUUACUCAUGACGCAUUUACUUACCCAAGAGAGCAAGCACCAGACAAUUGCGGCAGAAGCUGCCUUCAAGCAGAUGAGGGUACUCAUGAGACCGGAAGAAAUUCAUUUCUUUCGGCAAGAGCUUUCCAAGGCUGAUGCAUAUCUCGAAUUUGGAGUUGGUGGCUCAACAGCCAUGGCCUCAACAUUCCCCAACCUCCACUGCUACAAGGGGAUUGACAGCUCACAGGAGUGGAUCGAAAUUGUCUCAAAGGAGGAGACUGUCGCGAAGGCAAUUGAGCAAGGCAUUGCAGAGCUGAAGCAUGUGGAUAUCGGAAAGAUAGGCAAAUUGGGGUAUCCCGCCGACAACACCACCUUCGCACUGUGGCCCAAGUACUCCGAUGAAGGAUUUGGCAAGUGUCACGCUCAAGCAAAACACCGCAUGGUACUGCUGGACGGACGAUUUCGAGUGGCUUGCUUCUUAAAGUUGCUGCUAGCAAUGGACCAAGAAUCAGCAUCCAAGACAAGUAUUCUGAUUCAUAACUAUGACUGGCCGGAGUACCAUGUGAUCGAAGAAUUUGCUGACCUCAUCGAGAUUCGUGGCAGACUUGCCCUGCUCAAGAAGAAGCCCAACGCAGAUCAGAAAGCCCUCAAGGAAGUUGCGCUGAAAUUUGAACAUGAACCUCUUUAAAUUAUUACUUUGAAAUGGCAAAUCCUAAUUUUAAAUAAAUACAAUUUAAAAGAUAUAUUUAUAUAUUCUAAAGAUAUAGUUUAAGAUAAUUUGUUGGGAACCGCGCCUUCAAUUUGAGAUAACCUGCCAAUGUUGGGAUUCUUACAGUGCGUCAAUUCUUGGGCUGACUCAUAGCCAACCAAAGACUGCUAUGGCAAGAAGGCAGCUGCAGAUGUCCAGGGUUAAAUGCAGCGCUGCCGGUUGUCAGCGA